AUGUUGAACAACUCGAAGGUGUUGCUGUCUCCGGCGUUCGGGUUGCCGAUCACGGCGAUUGUGUCAAAACAAGAGGUCAAGGAGGACAAAAUCGAGCUAGUGAAUGAGGACAGUGAGGAUGAGAGUCAGAGGUAAUUUGAGGUUUUGUUUUUGCAGCAAUUUCUGCAAAAAUCUGUCGGGAAAAUAAUGAACACUCUGAAAAUAUAUAUCGUCGCUGAGAACAUGAACUUUGUCGCGGUAAAAUCAAAUUUCUUUUCAUUUCAGCGACGUGACUGGCGCAGCGACAUUGUGCUCAUUAUUUUCCCGACAGACUGACACUUCAGCUGUUAUUUUGUGAUUUGAAUGGUUAGGCGGAAUCGCAACACUACGAAAGAGAUUUUUUUCCACGCCGACGCGGAAGGGUGUUUUCGGCGGAGACUUUUGUGGUACCUUUUGGUCAUCACACUAAUCUCAAAAAGCUUGAUUAUGAUUUCUAAAUUUACGCGUUUUUUUGAAAGACUUGAAGAACCUUCAAUUUACAUGUAUAAUACAUGCCAUUACAACCGCAAAUACUCCUUUUUUCACUAUUAUUUAAAAAAACAUUAAUUUUCAGCGCCUAUCCGAAAUACUCGCUAUGUUCGUUGCUGUACAUUUACGGCCUCUUCCUCAUGGUCUCCUUUAUUCUGUCCGUUGGAUUCUACCAACUCAUCUCGACCGAUCUGCAUGGCUCUGGCGCCUCGCUGCGCAAUAUCCCGGCCGUCGACAACACCUUCGUCGCGUUCGGGACGACGUCGGAGCCCGCCGAGCUUCUCAAAGUCCUGUUUGCAGCUCAAAUCUGGCGCAAUCUGGGAGUCCGUUCAAUAGUUGCGUUGAUCGGCGAGCCGGAACUCUAUCAAGAGGGCCCGAACAAGAUGCUGGUAAAUGUCCUCAGGCAAAUGGAGGCGGAAUUAGUCUAUGUUGAGAACGCCAACGUUCAUGAGGACAAUAUGGCAAAGUUGAUGCCAUUCUAUGUGACAGCAACUAAUGUUAGCCAAGACCUCUACGAAGAUACGGUGAUUAUCCUGGCCAACACGGACUAUAUCCCGCUGGACCUGGCUAGCCAUUUACCGCAGACCGAAAAAGCGAUCGAGGUCAAGAUUUACGAUGCAAAAUGUUGUGAUGUUCUGAAUCUCGGGGAUUUGCAACUGCAUAAGUACAGUAUGAACACUGUGGCAAUGACGCUGAAAAGAUGGCAAGAGGUUUUUGGUAAGUUCAAGGGACUGAAAGUCCGUCAUCUUGAAUUGAGGAGAUGACAGUGCCAGUCGCUGUACUGACACUGUUUUAUGCUUGUAAAAACGUAUAUCCAGCGCAUAUCCUGGGCUUUUUAUACCGUUCGAGCACACGCUAUCGAUUGACCAGGAGUUUUUAGAUAUCAAAAGUCUUUCAUAGGAUUUUUUGGAGGACAAAAUUCGCCUUAAAAAAUCAAAGAAAUGAGUUUUUUACGCGUAAUUUUCCGACCGGAAAGCAAUGUUUUGACCUGGGUAGCUAAGAAAAAUAGCCAAUGAUCUUCUCCAAAAUUCUAUUUGUGCCGAAACACCACAUUGAUUGACUAUUGGUCAGCAAAUGGCUCCGAGCUUCAACCAAGCUGGAUUGACGUAUUACAGUAAUUUUUGAAUUGUUUGGGGGACAAGCUGUCACACAAAUGCGUUACUAGCGUUACUAGUCUUUCCGGAAGGACUAGUAUUGUUGUAAAAUUAGUAUCAACCUGUCGAAUAUAGCUAGCCUUCAGCGGUCGUUGACUUCAUAAACUUUAAUCUUCUCCUCUGCACAAAGUCAAUGUUUAUUAUUUAAUUUGCAGCGCUAGACCGCCAAAUGUCAGUAGACGCCAUUGAGAACCAAAUUACUCAAAACUUUGGGGAUUUCAUUGUUCUUGGAGCACAGAGUCAAGCUUUUUACGCCAAGGAGUUGGCAUUUGCCGUCAAAUUUGAACAGUGGAAAAAUAAGGUCAAAGGGUAAGUCGUAUGGCAAUUUUUUCGGAAAUUCGAAUUUUUACUGGUCUUUUUUUAAAGUUGAUAGGGGUUUUUGGCGCUUGCACUGUGCAAAAAAGUCAGAGUGGGAGCAACAGCCCGAAGAAGCCUAUAGCACGGUGCAAAAAGGCGAAAUUGCACAGUGCAAAGUAAACUUUUAUUUUCGCUUAGUGCAUGUUAAGAAAAUCAACCGAGGGACUUUGCGGACGACUAGUAACCCGAUGCCUCAAUGCGCCUUUUUCAGCGCUUCCUACCUUGUCGACGUCCUUGACCACAAGAACAUCCACCGUCUCAACUCGCAAGCCUUUAAUUCGCACAGCACCAGCUUUCUGAAGACCCUACCUCUCUCAGUUUACAAUGACAUCCUCAUCGAUGACCGUCUUCAUGAUUCGGAUGCGUGGAAUGUCGCUAGAGUUUUUUAUCGCCGCUUCUUCACCCACGAACAAUAUGAAUAUCUGCUCGAGGUCCGUGAACGAGUCAUCAGUUGGCAGAAGGACGAGCAACAACGGCAUUGGGCGUUGUGGAUGAACCUCUACAACCCGAGUAUUUAG